AUAUUUUGAAAAAUCUUUCCAAAUCAUCACAUGAGAUCAACCGUUUGUUUGUUGGAUGAGAGAUGCUGAGCUUGGAUAAACAAAGGCCUGAAUCGUCAUCAUCGGAGGAGGUGCAAGCUGUGACUCCGUGGGUCGUCUCCGGUAAUGUCGAUCACGAGAAGGUGAUCGAAAAGUUCGGCUGCGAUAGGAUAGACGAGUCGCUGAUUGCAGUUGCAGGGGACAAGAACUGCCAAUGACUUGUACGUCGUCUUUGAGUAGAAUGAGUUCAAGCUCAGAAAUAGUAUCUACAAUUGUGAAGAAGUGGAGAGAGCAUCCACCUUCUUCUUACUCCCUCAAGGUUGACAACUUCAAACAGCUUGAGAAGUCAACAACGUCCUCUGAUGAUAAAUACCAGUCUCGCCUUUUUUCCUCGGGCGGAUAUAACUGGAAACUGAUCGUAUACCCACAAGGGAACAAAAAGGACAAUGGGGAAGGAUUCAUUUCGAUGUAUGUGGAAAUAGACAGCGAAAGCCUGACAUCAACACCACAAUGUGACGUGUUUGCGGAACUCAUUUUCUUUGUCUACAACAAGAAAGAAAACAAGUACUUUACUAUUCAAGAUGUAGAAGUAAAGCGGUUCAAUGCACUUAAGAAAAUAUGGGGGUUGCAGCAAGUUCUUCCAUCUGAUGCUUUCAAUAAACUUGAAAACGGAUACAUCUUCGAGGGAGAUCAAUGUGAGUUUGGUGUUGAAGUCAUUGUUCCUUCACCUCUUACCAAAUGGGAAAUCCUCUCUUUUAAUGAGAAACUCGAGGAUCCCAAGUUCUCUUGGACUGUUGAGAAAUAUUCUCAGUUGAAAGAAGAUAAAUACAUAUCAAACACUUUCUCAAUGGGAGCAUGGAAAUGGGUUCUGUGGCUGUAUCUGAAGGGUGACUCUAGAGCAGAUGGCAAAUGGCUAUCCCUUUAUCUGCUUUUAGCUGAUAGUGAUAAACCAAAAGCAGGUGAGAAGAUUUUCGUGCAAGCAAAUUUUCGAGUUCUAGACCCACUUGGAUCCAAUCACUUCGAAAUAAAAAUGAGCCAUUGGUACAAUUAUAUGAAUUUGGGUUGGGGCUGGAAUAAGUUAUUGUCUUUAGCUGAACUUCGGAAGUCUUACUUGGACAAGGAAGACGCGUUGAACGUUGAGAUUGAAUUUGAAGUUGUUUCUGCUACCAAAUAUUCUCCCAUUAUCUAAGUACUACUACAUUGCUAUUAGACAGUGCUACUAUGUCUUCGACCCUUUUUUUUAUUUUUACUCGAAUUCUGUAUUUUAGACAAAAUUGGUUUUAUUAGAGAACUUCCCUUUGCAGUUUUUAUUA